AUGGCGAAAAACACGAAAAACGAAAACCAUGCCUCAGACGAAGAAAUGCCGUCUGUCGAGGAGGACCUCUAUAAAAUCCUAGGCAUUACAUCCGAUGCAACCCCAGAAGCCAUCAAGACAGCAUACAAAAAGAACGCUUUGAGACAUCAUCCCGACAAGGUGAGCGAAGAAGCCCGUGCAGACGCCAAUGCGAAGUUCCAAAGAAUUGCACUGGCAUACGGAGUACUUUCCGAUGCGCGCCGACGAGAUGUGUACGACCGGACCGGCAACACGGACGAAGCCUUUAGCGAAGAUGGCGACUUCAACUGGAUGGACUUCUACCGCGAACAGCUCUCAGCGAUGCUCGACUCGCGGGCGAUAUCGGACUUCCAGAAGAAAUACCAAAACUCGGAGGAGGAAAGAAAGGACCUGCUCGCCGCGUAUGAGACGCACAAAGGCAAUAUGGAUGCCAUCUACGAUACCGUGAUGCUGUCCAAUGUACUAGACGAUGAUGAACGGUUCCGGGGUAUUAUUGACCAGGCCAUUGCGGAUGAGGAAGUAGAGGACUUCGCGCGAUAUUCCAAGGAGCCCGAGAAGAAGAAACAGCAGCGUGUGAAGAAGGCGCAGAAGGAGGCGCAGGAGGCAGAGAAGUUGGGGAAGGAGAUUGAGGAUAAGAAGAAGAAGAAAGCUGGGGCUGCGGGAAAGAGCUCGAAGGCUGCGGCGAAUGAGGAUGAUCUUCUGGCAAUUAUCACUAAGCGCCAGCAGGAUCGUGGUGCGGGCUUCCUCGCUCGUUUGGAGGAGAAGUAUGCGCAGCCUGGGAAGAAGCGUGGUAUCGAUGAUGAGCCUUCCGAGGAAGCAUUUGCUGCUGUUGGGGCUCGAAAGGGGACAAAGCCCAAGGCGAAGAGGACCAAGGCUUGA